ACCAUGGCAGACAGAGCUGCAGCUGAAAGAGCCUGCAAAGACCCGAACCCCAUCAUCGAUGGCAGGAAAGCAAACGUGAACCUGGCAUAUUUGGGAGCAAAACCAAGGAGUAUUCAAACUGGUUUUACCAUAGGUGUGCAGCAGCUACAUCCAGCCUUCAUCCAGAGACCCUUUGGACUCACGCCUCACUAUGUUUACCCCCAAGCUAUCAUCCAGCCCAGCGUGGUGAUCCCUACCCCUGUGCAGUCCAUCACGUCUCCCUACAUCGACUACACCGCCGCCAGCCAAGCCUAUUCCCAGUACACCACAGCUGCCUACGAUCAGUACCCCUACGCUGCCUCCCCCGCUGCCGGGUUUGUGGGAUACGGCUACACGGGCGCAGUCCAGCCUCCCAUCACCGCCAGCAACCCCGCGGCGCCCGCCACUGCCUUCGUGCAGUACCAGCCCCAGCAGCUGCAGCCUGACCGCAUGCAGUAAGGGCCCUGCCCGCGCCUUCACCACCCGGGACAAUCUUAUACAAUGGAAGGAGACAACUAGGACAACAAAAGCAACAAUAAAAGAAACAAAACAAAAAUAUCACCCCGCCCCUUUACCCCUUUACGUAGGUGCAUAUCAAUACCUAAGCUAUUUAUAGUGUUAAGGGCGAACCCAAACCCUUGCAGUCUGACUGUGCUUAUGAAAAUGGACUUCUGGUAAGUUUUUGUUGGUUGUUUUUUUCAAUCUGGACAGAUACUGUCUUGAAGAUGUUCGAAAAGUGACUGAAAUGUUUCACAGGAAAACUACAGAUUCUUGCACACAUCGUGGUCUGCUUCCAUCACCCAUGGUCUUCUUUCUGCCCCUACCCCAUCUGCCCCGUCAGCCCUUCCCCAUCAAACCUGCAAUCCUUUUAUUUACUGUUGAGGUACAGAGGUACUCGGAGAACAUGGAAAAAAGCAAUCUUAUUUUUUGGUUGUACAAAAACUUUGUAAUACUCAGAGAUGCCUUACAGAAAAAAAAAAAAGAAAAAGAAAAACUAUUUUUUAAUAUUUAUUGCGAUUUUAUUCGCAUGAGCUGUGAAUUGCAGACGGAAGAAUAGUAGUAAGUAUCUGCCUUGUUUAAUUCUCAUUUUACUAAAUUAUUGUAUGUAGGUAAAAGUUCUUAAGUAAUUGCUGAAUCACUUCAACAUGCAAAAGGGAAUAUUGGCUUGAAGGAGAGCAGAAUAUUCCUUUAGUCAACGCACUGUACUAUUUUCUUAUUGUAAUUGUUACUCUGUUAAGAUUAUCUCAAAUUUAGGUAUAUUUUUAAAUGCAAAAAACCAACCAAGAAUACCGAACAUUUUGUCUACUUUGGUAGAUCUUUUGUUACAAUGCUGCAACCUAUGGAGACAUUUACAGUAUUUAUGUAAAAGACAUUUGAGGCUGUUGGCCAGCAAAGCUUAGGAGAAUAUCAUGAGCGGAGCAAAAGAGAAAAAGGUGUUAUGUCACUGAACAAAUGGGUAAACGUAACCUUUUAACGCCUACAAUCCAACAGCCAAAUAAAGGAAGAGAACAGACAAUGUAAGUUAAGUGCAUUUCUACAAAGAACAGCAAUAAACUAUUUUAACUUUUAAAAUUA